UUCGAGAGUAAGCAUUUUUAUCAAAAUGGCGGCGUCCAUGGCAGUUCGAUCAUGGCGGGAGGCAAUAAACACUCAAGACUUUUGUAAAUUUUUGAAAGAAAAAAACUCUAAAGAAUUGUCUAAAAAGCACCAGAACGAAUCUAGAAGCUUAAUAUGUGUUUAUGGUAGUGAUUUGUAUAUUUGGAACCAACCAGAGAGUCAAAUAAUACACUGCAAUCUGAAAAGUCUUGGAUCCUCAGUUGACAACACUAAUAAUGAUUUGGAUACUUCUCAAACUCAAAACAGCAUCUUGGAUUUGACCAGAAACUUAUCUGAUGAUCAGAGUAGCAGUCACCAGAAGUUACUUGUCAGCUCCGCUAUCACUUUGGAAGUGGAAAACUUAGAGGUGAACAAGAGUGGAAGUCACAUUGCACUGUAUGGCCCCAAGGGUAUCAAGGUGGUUGUACUACCUCGACGCUGGGGCAAAAAUGGCAUGUUUGAAGGUGGCAGAGAUGUUAUCAGUUGCAAGACAAUUACCAUUGGAGAGCGCAGCUUCUCUGGAAGUACGCCACUGCGUAUCCGACAAGUUUCGUGGCACCCAGGCAGCAACACAGACUCACACCUGGCUGUGCUUAGCUCCGACAACAUGUUCAGUGUGUACGACCUUUAUGAGCCGAACGAUCCCCUGAGUGUGGUGAAUGUGAACACAGGCGAUGUGUCCUGUGUCCAGUCUCCCAACAAGUCCUUGGUUGGAGCUGCCCUCGGGGAGACAGCUGUGGCCUUUGAUUUUGGCCUCCCUCUGGACCUCAAGCCUCGAUCGAAACGGUUUCAAUCUGGCAGCGCUGCACCCCCUGUGGAAGUGUGGCCAGUGUAUUGUGUGCGCGGCAGUGGAGAGAUUCUGAUCAUAUAUUCCAACCUUUCAAAUAACAGACUGCUGAAGCUGCCAGUGCAGGGUCCUGUGAUGAUGUACCCUCCGGCCGAAGACAACUACGGAGUGGACGCCUGCUCCAUCCUGUGCCUGCCCACUGCCCUCCCGGUGAUCAUCAUCAGCACGUGCGACGGCAGUGUCCAUCACUGUGUCCAGCUGCCGGUUGACAAGGACAAUGAGACCCUACAGUCGGAAGCAGCGUCGGUGAGCAGCCCUGCCGGGUGCGUGUGGCUGUCGCCGCUGUAUGAGAGUAUCCCCGAGCCCGUGCUGUUUGUGGUGGAGACCGCGGAGCUGGAGCUGUGUCUGGGUGCGCCCAGGGUGGACGAGUACCCGUCCGGGGAGGAGGAGGAUGACUUCAUGUGUCCCAUCAAACUACGGAAAG